CGGGGCGGCAGCGCUGAGGGAACCGAGCAAGCAGGGCCAGCCCGGGACUGGGAGAACAGCGGCCCUGCCUCGCUUGUAUCUCGCAUAUCCUAUUUCGUUACACGCUGCUUCUCGAACACACCGCUUUCUGGCACGCACUGCCACGCUGCUCCCCUCUCUCCUUAGCGCCACAGGCCGCGCAGCCUUUCCCUAACGCCUGAGACCCACGCGCACGGCUCCAGAAACAGCACAGCUCGCGACCCUCCGCUCCUCCACGCGGAAGGAAAAGGGCGGGGGGCGGGGCGCCUGGCAGCGCCGCGUGCGCCCAUUGGUCCAGGCGGCGUGGGCCGGGCUCCCAUUGGCUCCGCGGCGAAUCCCCAUGGCCGCGUCCGUGCGGGUAUUUCUGGGCGCAGGCAAGGGGCGCCAGCGGAGUGCCGGGGCAGCCUGUUCCAGCGGGAUGACUCAGUGGUACCAGCUACAGCAACUUGACUCCAAGUUUUUGGAGCAAGUUCACCAGCUGUACGAUGACAGCUUUCCUAUGGAAAUCAGGCAGUAUCUGGCACAGUGGCUGGAAAACCAGGAUUGGGAACAUGCAGCCACCAAUGUAUCUUUUGCUACGGUGCUAUUCCAUGACCUGCUGUCACAGCUUGAUGAUCAAUUUAGCCGAUUUUUGAUAGAAAACAACUUUUUGCUGCAACACAAUAUAAGGAAAAGCAAACGUAAUCUUCAGGAUAACUUCCAAGAAGACCCGAUACACAUGGCAAUGAUCAUCCAUAACUGUCUGAAAGAGGAGAGGAAAAUAUUGAACAGUGCACAGUUGUCUAAUCAGAUGGAAGUGGGAGGUGUACAGAACACCAUGACUGGGAUGCUGGACAAACAGAAGGAGCUUGAUGCAAAAGUUAAGGCUGUAAAAAACAGCGUUACAGAUGUAGAACAAGACAUCAAGACACUAGAGGAUGUGCAAGACGAAUAUGACUUUAAACAUAAAACCUUCCAGAAUAGAGAGUAUGAGCCCAAUGGUGCAUCACAAGAGGAAUGUAAGAAAGAACAGAUGAAUAUCCAAAAGAUGUUUUUCUUACUUGACAUCAAGAGAAAGGAAGUGGUGGCCAAGAUAAUACAGCUAUUGAACACCACGGAGCACACACAGAGUGCUCUUAUUAAGGAGGAGCUGGUGGAGUGGAAACGGAGGCAACAGACUGCAUGCAUUGGUGGCCCACCCAACGCCUGUCUUGACCAGCUACAGAACUGGUUCACCAUUGUUGCUGAAAGCCUGCAGCAAGUUCGUCAGCAGCUCAAAAAGCUUGAGGAACUGGAGCAGAAACUUACUUACGACCCUGACCCCAUCACAAAAAACAAACAAGUCUUGCAGGACCGAACGCACAGUCUUUUCAAACAGCUUAUCCAGAGCUCCUUUGUGGUAGAGAGGCAGCCUUGCAUGCCAACACAUCCACAGAGGCCAUUAGUCCUGAAGACAGGAGUACAGUUCACUGUGAAGCUGAGAUUGCUGGUGAAAUUGCAGGAAUUGAACUACAACCUGAAAGUGAAAGUGUUAUUUGAUAAAGAUGUAAAUGAAAAGAACUCAGUCAAAGGAUUCAGGAAAUUCAAUAUUCUAGGAACAAACACGAAAGUAAUGAACAUGGAAGAAUCUACUAAUGGAAGUUUAGCAGCAGAAUUCAGGCAUUUGCAACUGAAAGAACAGAAAAACGCAGGAAACAGAACAAAUGAGGGUCCUCUUAUUGUAACAGAAGAACUUCACUCUCUGAGUUUUGAGACACAGCUGUGCCAGCCCGGCUUAGUAAUAGAGCUAGAGACCACGUCGCUUCCCAUCAUUGUCAUCUCUAAUGUGAGCCAGCUUCCAAGUGGAUGGGCUUCUAUCUUAUGGUUCAACAUGCUGUCUACUGAUCCCAAGAAUUUGUCCUUCUUUCUAAACCCCCCUUGUGCAAAGUGGUCUAAACUUUCUGAAGUUCUGAGCUGGCAGUUCUCUUCCGUGACAAAAAGAGGACUUAACACAGAUCAACUGAACAUGCUGGGAGAGAAACUACUUGGGCCAACAAGUGGAGGAUCUCACGAUGGCCUUAUUCCUUGGACAAGAUUCUGCAAGGAAAACAUAAAUGAUAAAAAUUUCCCUUUUUGGCUGUGGAUAGAAGGAAUCCUGGAACUUAUUAAGAAGCACCUCCUGUGCCUCUGGAACGACGGCUGUAUCAUGGGUUUCAUCAGUAAGGACAAAGAACGUGCUUUGUUGAAGGACCAGAAACCAGGAACGUUUUUGCUGAGAUUCAGUGAAAGCAGUAGAGAGGGAGCAAUCACCUUUACCUGGGUAGAAGGAUCUCAGAAUGAGCCCCAGUUCCACUCAGUAGAACCAUACACCAAGAAGGAGCUCUCUGCUGUUACUUUCCCUGAUAUCAUUCGCAACUACAAAGUGAUGGCGGCUGAAAACAUUCCUGAAAAUCCACUGAGAUUUCUGUACCCAGAUAUUCCCAAAGACAACGCCUUUGGCAAAUAUUACUCCAGGCCCAAGGAGGCCCCAGAGCCUAUGGAUACAGAUACUCCCAAAGGAAACGGCUACAUCAGGACUGAGUUGAUCUCUGUAUCUGAAGUCCACCCAUCCAGGCUCCAAUCUCCAGAAAAUCUGCUGCCCAUGUCUCCUGAAGAGUUUGAUGAGGUGUCUCGGAUGGUGGACCCAGCAGAGAUUGACACAGUGAUGUGUUCAGCAUACACGACGUAAAGUUAGAGCCUUUUACUGCACCACUAGCACAGCCAAUCAGCUUCUGCGUCCUGCUCUACAGUUGGGCUUCAAUUCUUUGGGAAGGCUACAUGUAAUUCAAAGCACAUCAGUUUCUCAACCUGAAAGUCCAGUAGCAAUUUCUAAUCAGGGGGGAAUAUAAGCAGCAUUUGAAUAGCCUCUGUACAUGCACUUCUUUAUUUCAAAUUGCAUUAAACAAUUUGCUAUUGACAAGAUGCUGUACCAGAGUGCAGGAAGAAAGGAGAACAGAAACAAGGGGCCCUCAGCAAGAGCAAGGGAGAAACAUACACUGAAGUGUGUUAGUGGAAUGGAACAGCUAAAGUAGCUGGCUGUACAUAGAAUGCUGCAAAGGAAAGCUGGUUCUUUUGCAGAGGGUCUGUUCAGAAAGCCUUCACCUGCUGAGCAAUUGCUUCUGAAAAACUUUGUGUUUUCUUCUGCAUCACAGAAAAAUGAGCAGAUGAACACUGCAGGUACACGCCACAGCAAAUCCGUGUGCUGCUGCAGUUUGUUCUGGCUUUCUUUGAUACAGGCAUAGCGUGCUGCUCUGCAGAAGAGCAUAAACCAAAAAACAGUAUCUGCAGUUCAUUUUUGCUUAUUUUCAUAGUAAAGGCUUCUUGGGUAGGAUGCUUUGCACGAUCUUUGACAUUAAGAGCACUUCUUAGGACAACUAGUUAAUACCUCACUGUUAAGAGGUAAGGUUGUCUGUAGCAGUGUGUCUCUUGGACUGAGAGCAUAUAUUAGUCCAGACUGCUAAUUAGCACACAGCUGAUCAGAAGGGCUCCACAACACUGAUGCUGGAUCCCACGUGCUUAAGCAGAGUUCCUACUGCAGCUUCUGAGCCUGCUGCCAUGCACUGCCACUGCCUGGGAGAUCACUGCAGUGCUACUUUGCUGCCAUUCAGAUAUGCCAAAUCGAUCCACUGAUUGUUAAAUAAAUUAACAACCAGUUCAGUUUAGUGUUGUGCCCAAGAUGACCUAUGUGGCCCCUGAGAAAGCUUGAAGGAAGUAAAAUAUGAAGGACCUAGCAAAGUGUUCCUACACUUUCUUAUUUUUUUGUGCCAAACAUAGCUGAGGUUAACACAGAGAAUCACAACUGGUGACCUGAUAUUUUCAUGUUAUCACGAAUAACUGAAUGCUAAAAUUUUGGUGAAACAAAAGCAGACAUUUGUUUCUUGACCUACAUCUUCUACCCACGUUUUAUGUGCCAGUUUGUUUUCAUUACUUCUAAACUACAGUGUGAGCAGCCAGGAUGAGGUUUUCUUAUGAGAUUUAAAGCAGUGGCCCUAUGUCAGCUUUGCGUCUACGUGGCCAGUAGUCCCAAAAGCAUUAUUGUUCUUUUUCACUCCCCACUAAGGGACUGUUUUUUCUGCUGUUUUAAAUAAAUGGAACUGUCUACUGCCACUUGUCCUGUGUGCAGUUUUGUUCUUUUAUGAUUAUAAUGCACCUGUAACUGGUUAAUUAUUCAGAGUAGAUACAGUUCUGGUGCUUAAAGCAACGUGUGUGCUUUCAAUGUAAUGCAUUGCUACAGGUCAGUCUGCAUUAGAGUUCUCAGAACAAUGGUUGUCAAUAUUUUUUCUUCAAACCAACUUCAGUAGAUUCUGCUUGGAUUUCUGAUUUAAGCUGUAAAAUAAUUGGCCUACCACUAACCUUCAUGGGCCAUCAAGCUGACCCCACUGGUGCCUCGCUGUGCUCUGCGGACAUCGGGCGAUACAGUCUGUUGGCUCAGGCUUUCACAUUUUACACAGCCAGAAGACAACUAAAAGGAAAGAAACUGUUGAGAUGAGGGAUGGAAGAGUAGGCAAGAGAAAGAUAGAGCUGUUGAGGGCACACGGCCAAUCCCCGUCAGAACUGCAGCAUUAACGGAAUGCAACAAGUGAAAUGACACAGCCCUCUACACAUAGACUUCAUCAGCUCAUUUGGUUGCACAACAGAAGAGAGCAGAUUAGGUUUUUUAGGACAGAAGGUUUGCAUCUCAAUGCAGUCGCACAGAAAACCAAUAAAAACCCACCACCAGCUUCUCGGUAUUUCCAUUUAUUAUGCUGUAAAAAGCAACACUAUCUGGAUUUUAUUUCUUAAAAUAAAUAGCUUUCAUUUUCAGAACCAGUACAGCUCAAGUUUAGAUUCAUUCAUGGGAAACUGCUAGAAAUACAUUCAUCACUGUCUGUUCCCCACAAGACAGAAUCCAGAAGUCAAGAUCAGCCCAGUCAGUUACAAUGUCCAGAAGUACACUGCCAAUAAGUAUAGUCACUGAUAGUCCAGCUCUGAAGCAAAACAAAAAUCCGGUACAAUACAUUUUGUUCACAAAGGUUGGCUAAUUAAUGCUAAGACUAUCACAGUAUUUCUGAGUACAAAGCAUUAAGUUAGCUGAAUUCAGUUUGUGGUACAGAAGAAACGUGACAAAACAAAGGUGUGAGGGAAUCAUCUUUGGAGCGUAAGGAAGUCAGCACUGGAAAAGAUAACCAAAAGCUACUCACGUUAAAACCUACGUGUCAGUGUCAUAGAUGAUGAACAGCCAAACCAAUAUACUGCAUAUAUUUAUAAAUAAUGCCAUGUCUAAAGAGCUGCUUUGCUUAAUUGGACGUUACAAAAUAACGCAUCUUCUCACAAUGAGAAAAUACUAAAACUAUCCAGCAGAAAUGCACUUGAAGCUAAGACUGGCUAAAAGCACUCUGUAGGAUCUAGAAAGCAUUAAGUAUAGGGACAGCUGUGAGUUUUUUAAGUUAAUUCAGUUAAAAUGCUGCUUUGGGGAGGUUUGUAUAUACGUGUACUAUAUAAUAAGCCUACCUUUUGGAAGUGCCUGUUGGAGCAAUGCAAGUUUCAGUUAAAUACAGUGAAAUCAGGUAUUUUUCUGAGAAGCUAGAGGAUAUGUUCUCAUAGAAAAAUGGAAGAAGUCAGACUAUCACCAAGAUACUGGAUACUAGAGCCCAUGUGAAAGACUUCACACCACUAUGCUUGACUUAAUAAAUGUGUUGCCAGAGAAAACGAGUUGAAACUUAGUGUAGGGUGCAGCAGAGAAGAGGCCUUGUGCUAUUCAGUGACCAGUGUCACUGGCUCAAUAAAGAGCCAAAGGCCGUUUGAUUCAGUUCUCAACUAAAACUAAGGUGGCUGUGACACAGGUUGUGAAGAGACUGGGUUAGAUGAUGCUUGAAAGCCUUCAGAAAAAUAGCUGAUCUUCAGGAAGAAAAGAACAAAAAGCACUGCAGCUUAAUAUCAGUAAGAUUCUUCAGAAAAAGUGUUUGAUAACCAUGCAAAACCAUGCCAGCCAGUGCAGAAAGGUGAUUUCAGGGCUUUAGACAUUCAGAUUCAUCCAGGAUUUCAUCAGCAUGAGGACAGCCACUGCUUGUGAUGAGUAUCAAGCACUUUUCCAUUUGAUUUUUCCUCCCUGUGGGAGGCAGUAUGGCAUAUCGAGUAGAGAACUGUACAGGAUCUCAAGAGGAUUUCUUCUCAGCUGUUAUGACCUUCUGGGUCAUUCUGGAGAAUGCACUUCUCUCAAUGCUUCUGAUUCCCCAUUUGCAAAAGAAAGAUAAUGUGGUUCGGAUCAUCUUCAUAAAGUGCUUGGCCCACUCUAGAAAGAAUCUGUGCAUCCAUUCUGGAGGAUUUUGGUGCCCACAUGCAAAGUUUGAACUUCAAGAUCUACUGAUGCUUUGUGUUUUGUGCCAGCAUAAAGCCUGCUGUUUGUGCUAUUCUUAAACAUGAUUUCCAUGUGCCACACUGAUUCUCCUUUAACAAUCCACCUCCAUCCAACAACUGCGGGGUCUUGUGAAAGCCAGACUCUUAACUUGGAAUCCCUGAUCAUCUGAGGUUUCUAAACCACAGCACAGCAUUGGUAAAAACAAUUGCACGUGGGAUAGGGAACUGUCGGAACAUCACAGUUCUGCAAACAACAAAAUAUCUGCAUCUACAUUUCCCAUGCCAGAGCAUGUGCUAAGCUGCUUCUGCAGUAAGACAAGAAAUGCCACUGCUCCAAGACAUCACCUAAUUGUGCUCCUGUUGCUGAGCACCUAUCCUACACCAGCAUAACCCCACUGACAUCCCAAUUCCUGAUGGAUGGCAGUGCAAGAAGAGAACGUUCCCAAAAUCUGGCUUAUCUCCUGCUCCGCUCAUGCUUAGAUUGGCUCUAUGCUCCUUAAAGCUGUUUCACUCCACCUGUGUUCCUCAUACAAGCCUAAAUGUAGUCAGAUUUACAUGUAGUAUUUGGUUUAGUGUUUCGCCUUUCACGUGCCUGCAUUCCCCUCCCUGGUUCCCGAUGCAACUGCCAAGAACAAAACAUCAGCCCAAAGCAGAGUCUUGCAGCUUGUCAAGGCUUACCCGAGUGCAAAUAUACCUGCAAGGAACACGACUGCAUAGAGUGGAAGCACCCGCUUUCCCCAGCCACGGGGAAGGACCUUAGCAGCUGAACAUGGAGAGAGGAGGGAGGAAAGACAAGGGGAACUGAAAGAAAUGCUAAAGCAACACAACAAAAAAAAAACCUAAACACUGGUAGAUGUUACAAAUCACGCUCCCCCCUCCUCUACGCCAUUUGGUCAAACAAACCUUAAAACAGAUGCCAUAAUGAGACUACCUCUAAAAACAAGCCUAAGACCUUUGACAACUGUCACCUAUGUACUCUUUUGAGAUUUACAGAAUGUAAACAAGCUUGUGUGGAAUCUUCUUUAUUUUUUAAGAAGUGAGUGCAGAUCCUUACCUAACACACCCUGCCUACGUCUACAUCAGCAUCCUCAGCUUUCGAAAACCUCACUGCUGCUCCCACCUGUACUCCGGCUCAUCUCGGCCAUACUGCAAACAGAGGGCUGUAAAAACAAAAACUGAGCAAAAAGAAA